ACUGAGAUGCAUGAAGAUUCAGCUGUGAAGAUACUAUAAAAAGAGAAGAGAAGGAAUGAGACAGAGGCAGAAACAGAAUUAUCGGUGCUGAGCACGGCUAAACUCAGUUCUGUUACUAAACAAGGAGAUACAGACAAUACAUUGAAUUUGACAUCCUUCUGAAGUAGCAGAUAAUGAGGACUUACCAUUGUCUACCAUUAUUCAUCUGGACCUACAUCUUGCACACAGUUGACACCAUCCCAUUACAAGAAAACGGUAGCAGUUACUUACCCAGCCAGAGGAUAGUGAGCUUGACAAAAGAUGAUGGUAAAAUGCUUCGUCGCACCAAGCGUGGCUGGAUGUGGAAUCAAUUCUUCUUGUUGGAAGAGUACACAGGUACAGACACACAAUAUGUAGGCAAGCUUCAUACUGACCAAGAUAAAGGAGAUGGAAAUUUAAAAUACAUUUUAACAGGAGAUGGGGCUGGCAGUCUGUUCGUCAUAGACGAAAAUACAGGAGACAUUCAUGCUGCAAAGAAAUUAGACAGAGAAGAAAAAUCCCUCUACAUUCUUCGAGCCAAGGCUAUAGACAGAAAGACUGGUCGACAGGUGGAACCAGAAUCAGAAUUUAUCAUUAAAAUUCAUGAUAUCAAUGACAAUGAGCCAAAAUUUACAAAAGACUUAUAUACUGCCAGUGUUCCUGAAAUGUCUGGAGUGGGUACAUCUGUUGUACAAGUGACUGCAACAGAUGCAGACGAUGCCAACUAUGGAAAUAGUGCCAAAGUGGUCUACAGUAUAUUGCAAGGACAGCCAUAUUUUUCAGUGGACCCAGAGUCAGGCAUAAUAAAAACUGCAUUACCAGACAUGAGCCGAGAAAAUCGAGAGCAGUACCAGGUGGUUAUACAGGCCAAAGAUAUGGGUGGCCAGAUGGGAGGCCUUUCUGGAACCACAACAGUGAACAUCACUCUGACAGAUGUAAACAACAAUCCUCCUCGAUUUCCACAGAGUACGUACCAGUUUAGUUCUCCUGAGUCUGCACCUCUGGGAACCCAUCUUGGAAGGAUAAAAGCCAAUGACCCCGACUUGGGGGAAAACGCUGAGGUGGAGUACAGCAUUGCCGAAGGAGAGGGAGCGGACAUGUUCGAUGUCAUCACUGACAAGGAUACACAGGAAGGGAUUAUAACUGUCAAACAGAAUUUAGACUUUGAAAAAAAAAUGCUGUACACUUUAAGAGUGGAUGCAAGUAACACUCAUCCUGAUCCCCGAUUCUUACACCUGGGACCUUUCAAAGACACAGCUGUAAUCAAAAUAUCUGUGGAAGACACAGAUGAGCCUCCUGUGUUCAGUAGACACUCCUACUUGAUAGAAGUCGAUGAGGAUGUAAAGGAGGGUAGCAUCAUUGGACAAGUCACAGCAUAUGACCCAGAUGCCAUGAACAAUUUAAUUAAAUACUCUGUUGAUCGGAAUACUGAUAUGGACCGAAUUUUUAGUAUCCACUCAGAAAAUGGCUCUAUUUUCACUCUGAAGCCUCUUGACCGGGAAUCAUCCCCUUGGCACAACAUCACUAUUACAGCCACAGAAAUAAAUAAUCCAAAACAAAGUAGCCAUAUUCCAGUCUUCAUCAGAAUUCUGGAUAUUAAUGAUCAUGCUCCGGAAUUUGCCAUGUAUUAUGAAACAUUUGUUUGUGAAAAUGCAAAACCUGGGCAGCUGAUUCAGACUGUCAGUGUUAUGGACAAAGAUGACCCUCCUCGAGGCCACAAAUUCUUCUUUGAGCCAGUACCAGAAUUUCCUCUCAAUCCAAACUUCACCAUUGUAGACAAUAAAGAUAAUACAGCAGGAAUUAUGACUCGCAAAGAUGGGUACAGCCGCAACAAAAUGAGCACCUACCUCCUGCCAAUUUUAAUUUUUGACAAUGAUUAUCCCAUUCAAAGCAGCACUGGCACACUCACUAUCCGGGUAUGUGCCUGUGACAAUCAAGGGAACAUGCAAUCCUGCAACGCAGAGGCCUUGGUCCUUUCAGCGGGCCUGAGCACAGGAGCUCUUAUCGCCAUCCUGCUGUGUGUCCUCAUACUUCUCAUUUUAGUCGUGCUGUUUGCUGCAUUGAAGAGACAAAGAAAAAAGGAACCUCUCAUAAUUUCAAAGGAUGAUGUCCGCGACAACAUUGUGACGUACAAUGACGAAGGCGGUGGGGAAGAAGAUACACAGGCUUUUGACAUUGGCACGUUAAGGAAUCCAGAAGCAAGAGAAGACAGUAAACUUAGAAGAGAUGUAAUGCCUGAAACUAUUUUUCAGAUAAGGAGGACUGUACCCCUGUGGGAAAAUAUUGAUGUACAAGAUUUUAUCCAUCGAAGAUUAAAAGAAAACGACUCAGACCCAAGUGCACCUCCUUAUGAUUCACUGGCCACGUAUGCCUAUGAAGGGAAUGAUUCCAUAGCGGAUUCCCUCAGCUCCUUAGAAUCCCUCACAGCUGACUGUAACCAGGAUUAUGAUUACCUCAGCGACUGGGGUCCUCGUUUUAAAAAACUGGCUGAUAUGUAUGGGGGUGAUGAAAGUGACCGAGACUAAGCAUAUUACUUAAUAUUAGUGGAACUGUCUUCGUUACUAGAAUGAGUGGCCUGCAUUCUCCUCCUUGGAGGAAUUUUUUCAAAAAAUUGAAAUAACAAACAAUACGUAGGUGUUGUCUUAGUAAGGGUUUGCUUAACCAGUAAGUUUCCGUGAAUGAAUACGAAUGAUAUAGAUUUUAAAACAGUAAUAAUAACCAGUUCACCCUCUUUGCCUAAUAACCUUGGAAGGAAAUUAUAUCACAUUAAUAAUCAAUAAAAAUAUUUAAAAGGCUUUUUGUGCCUUUUCUUAGGUAUAAAAACUUUAUAAAUGCUUUCUUAACUGACUUUCAGUCACCUUUACUAUUAAAUUAAACAUUGUGCAACUGCUUUGUAAAAUAAUAUAGAAAAUAUAUAUAUCGCUGAUGAAAUAGGAAUGACUACUACUGCCAUAUUUAUUUAGUUGAAGAAUGUCUUUGUGUUAAUUCAUUCAUAUUUUUAUAAAUGUAUAUUUAUAUUUUUGUAUUUUUGAAAUAAACUAGUAUUUAUAAAA